AUGAAGAUCACUUCAAGGACUAGAUAUGCGAUCAAGCUCCCAGCCCCAUCUCCAGGAGGAAUCCACCCCCUCUCCAACAUCGAUCAAAUCGUCCCAAGGUACUACACGCAAUUCCUUCUUUUCUUUCCCACUACCACCAGAGAGCUUUCCACCGACAAUCUCAAGGCGUCACUCUCCACCACGUUGGCCACCUUCUACCCUCUAGCCGGCCGCUACGCUGUUCUUCCCAACAACGCCCUCCAGCUCGAGUGCUCGGACCAAGGGAGCGACUUCUUCGAGGCUUUCGUGGAUGGAGGGCUCGACGAUUUCGGCGGCUUCGAGCAGCACGAUCCAAGGUUUGAGCUUCUCAGCCCGACCGGGAUCUACAAGACUUCUGGAGACAUCACGGAGGCGCCAUUGGUCACUGCCCAAGUCACUCGCUUCCAGUGUGGAGGAUCCAGUCUCGUUCUUGGAGUCCAUCACAAUGUGGGCGAUGGAUUCUCGGCCAGCUCCUUCUUGACGGCCUGGUCGCUCGUCUCGCGAGGAGAAGGAGAGGAGUUUCUAGCACCAUGCUUUGAUCACUCGCUCAUGGAUGCCAAAACUCUCCGCAAAGUCGAUGAUCCGGCAAAACUCUUCAACCACGUCGAGUACCAGACCCAGCGUCCAAACGUUCCGGCCACAUUCCCAGAGCUCAAAGCUUGCAUGUUUAAGUUCCCCACCUGGGCGAUCGAGGCAUUGCGAUCUUUCUGCGAACCUGGAACCACCAAGUUCGAAGCUCUCGCGGCUCACGUCUGGAAGUCCGUCACCAAGGCUAGGAAUCUCGAGUCGCACGAAGAAACCAAGCUGGGGAUGGCUGUGGAUGGACGAACUCGAUUCACCCCACCUCUUCCAGAAAAAUACUUUGGAAACGUGAUCUUCUACGCUUGCACUUCUUCGUCGAGCCAGAAACUCGUGGAGAAUCCAGUGCGUUACUCUGCGAGUCUCGUGCAUGAAGCCACGCACCUCAUCACCGACGAGUACAUGCGAUCGGCGCUUCACUGGCUCGAGCAGCAGCCAAGUCCUCUGGGAGUCUUCCCCAGUUUUUGCGAUGCUAGAACCGACUUGGCAUUGACGAGCUGGUCGAGGUUUCCACUGUACGAUGUGGAUUUUGGUGGUGGCAAGCCGGUCUUUGUUGGAUUGCCGGUGGCGGCUUUCACGGGGCUUGUGAUAUUUCUGCCGUGGCUGGACGAUCAAACGAUGGUUGUCCUCGUUGGUUUAUAUGCCGAGCAUAUGAGGAAUUUGCUUGCGGAUCCAGAGUUUUGUACAUAACGGUUCAAACUAAAAUUAGUGAGGUUACCUAUUUUUCCCUAUUUAUAAUAAUAAUAUUAUGAUAUGUAUUUAA